UUUUAGAAACCCCGAGGCCGCUUACUCAUCAUUUACCAGUGAUGCCAAAUUUUCUCUUUCGGUCGACGAGAAUUUUGCAAUGCUUGUUGUUGUCUUUGAUUGUUUGUUCGGAGAUUGAACCAUCUAGAGCCCCCUGCAUUCUGGUUGCGAAUCGGCACCCUCCUGUUUUUCCUUUCAACGUACUAACGCGAUUAAUCCCGUGAACAGUACCCUCUCAGCCUCAGUCCUAGUCUCAGCAGACGGACGGCAGUGGACGGCAGACGCUCGUUCGUUCGUCACUGACACUUUUGGUGAGGUGAGGGCGAAACCGGGACACGGCGUCCUAGUCAGGAUUAGUCAUUGCAAACUCUGCGGGUCUUUCUGUCGGGCUGGAGCUAACACAACAUUAAUCUAAAAUGGAAUUCUACAUGAUAGAAAAGUUUAAGUGCUUGCUCAAAGAUGGACGUUGGCCAGUAAGCGCUCAAGGUGUCCUUAUCUCCUUGGAUGACAGUGAGGAUUCUUUUGACUCUGCUGCAGAGGAGGAUGAUGAAGAGUUCUUAAAUGGUAUUUUUUGUGGCCAUUCUCAUAAGCAGAAUUUUCGCAGACAUGACUGCCCUCAAACACACAUCAAGCAAAUUUUAAUGAAAGAAAUGCAUGCAGAAAAAAAUGCAGCAGAACUCCUUCAUGAAGAAAAGGAGGAAAAACUCAAAUUAGAGCGCCAAAAAGAACGAAAGCGUAAAAAGAAGGAAAGGAGAAAGGCCGAAAAAGAAGCUAAUGAAGGGUGCAAUUCUAAUAAUAUUAGUGGUCAUAAAAAUUCACAAUUUAAUAAUAACAAAGAAGGAGUUAAAAAUAAUGAAAAGUCCAGAAGAGAUAAAAAUAGUUUGUCUGAUUGUGAAAAGAGUGAUGCAGAUGAAGACACAGAAGAAUUUCUUGAUGUCAAUUCUGCCUUUGUUACCAAAGUUGUUCAACAUAAGCUAAGAAAUAAUACCAAUAAUGCAGGUCCUACCAAGAGUAAUUCGCCCGUCAAUACUAGUAAAGGGCAUGGAACUCCUAUUAAGCAAACGUCCAAUGGUACUAGACUAGUUCCAAUACCAGAAAAAAAUAUUCUUCUUGGCGAACGUCUUGCAGUUGCUGGAUACCAAUGCGCUAGUAAAGAAAAGUAUGAUCAAGCUAUUGAGCUCUUUACUCGUGCCCUGCGGAAUGUACCUAAUGACCAUCGAUAUUGGGGAAAUCGUAGCUUCUGUUAUUUCCAAAUUGGAGCAUAUCAAAAGGCAUUGGAAGAUGCUGACUGUGCAAUUCAAUUAGCACCCACUAGUCCAAAGGGCCACUAUCGAAGAGCAGAAGCUCUUGCAGGGUUGAAAAAUCUUGUUGCUGCUGAAAAAUCUUUUGAAAAAGUCUUAGAGCUGGAUGUUGAGUGUAAAGAUGCUUGUGAUGAAUUAUUAAACAUUCGCAUGCUGCGUAUAUCCGAAAUGGGUUUUGAUAAAAAACAAGCAUAUCGUGCCCUUAAAAAAUAUUCGAGUUUAGAGGGAGCUGUAGAGGCAUUGAUGAGUAACGAAAAUUUUGAAGUAGAAUCCGAUGAAGACGAAAAUUUAAUAUAUCAAUCUGAUGAAGAAAUAAAUUGGGAUAAUGUGGGUGUAUUGGAGGGAUAUGUUGAUGGCCAUGAAGAUCCAUAUCCCAAUGCUCAGAACAUUAAAUUUCAAAGUCAAAGUUUUUCUGAUCAACCUAUGGAAGCUGAUAGCUAUGAAAAUUAUUUAGAUAGUGAUGCGAACAAAAUGUCGAAAAAGCAAGCAGCAAUGGAUCCGUCAAAUCCGCAUCGAUGUGUGUCAAUUUGGGUGGGAAAUAUUGAAGAAUGUGUGUCUGAGAAGACAAUCAAUGAAGAGUUUUCAAGGUUCGGAGAAAUUCUCAGUAUAAAAAUGUUACCAUCAAGCCAUUGUGCAUUUAUUAACUUCAAAGAUAGCAGAGCACCAGGGCCUGCCAUGGCUGCUAUGCAAGGCAAAGACUUUGCUGGGAAAAAACUAAUAAUUCGCUAUCCCAACAAGACCAAAGAGGAACAGCACAUCCAUCAACAGAUGUUAUGUCAUCAAAAGCGUUGGAAUUCCAACCUUAGUGAACCGGAUUCAGAAUAUGCUGGAGCUGAUAAUGCUGCUCGCACGGGCUCGGGUGCCGGCCCUAGCCCAGGGGCCGCUCCUGUUGCUGGUGCUGGUUUUGGCUUUGGUGCCACUGCCAGUGCAGGGGCUGGGGCUGGGGCUGGGGCUGGAUCCGGAAUUGGAGCUAGGGUUUCAGGAGGACUCAUCUCUCAGCCGCCACCAUCUAAAUCAACUCUAGUACCUUCCACUAAAGGGACUCGUAUCAAGCUGAAAGGUCCAGUCAAUGGGGAUGAGUGCUACUAUUGGCGUACAACAGGGUGCGCCUUUGGUGAUAAAUGCCGUAAUAAGCAUAUAAAAGAAAACCGCGGUGUUGACCGCAAACCAUGGCACAAGUAGUUAAUAAACUAUUAAAUUCAUCAGUUUUGCUGUAAUUUGUUUAUAAUCAAGAAGAAGUCUGGUUUUGUUUUCUUCUGUUGUCCCCUGUGUGCUUAUCACAAUUCAAUCUUGUUUGAUCUAAUCUUAAAAGUAGGUGCUGUGGUACCCAUUAAUAGUGAAUUUGUAGCAGUUCAUAAGGGAUCAUAAAUUUGCAUCUUUUAGUGCAAAAUUUAACGUUUUUGUCAACAUAUCCUGUACGGUGAACUUGAGAAAUGUGAAUGGUAUGUUGUUGCAUCCUUGUAAGGCUGUUGAAAGCUUGAAAAAGACCAAGGAAAUACUGCAAUCCUUUGGGCUGGAACUCAGGACCAUAUUUUUUGGAAGGUAGUGUCGUAAAAGUAUGAAAUUUCCUCAAAUUGUCUGUUUCUUUUUGGAGACUGAUUGAUUUAUAGAGCUUUUUGAAAUUUAUUGGUUGAAUUUGUAUAUUCAGCCUUGUAUUGAUACUGCUCAUCAUCGGUGUACUUAUAAAGUGCUGCCACAUGCCAACAUGCUCCUCCAAAAGUUGUAUUUGUUUGAAAAGCAUGGUAUGCUGGGAUCUUUGUGGUUAUUGUCAAGCGCUGGUUUGAAUAUUUUAGUUCACUAGUGUGCAUUAUUCUUUGCAGUGAAGAUUAAAACUUAUUCUCAUGCGCAUCUCAUGUUCAAUUUUAAGUAAACCAACAUCACCUUUCAGGUUUAUUUUAAUAAUGUUCCUAGCUUCUAUCAGUGUUGAACUUGUUUGUGUAUGUUUAUUUGCAAUCAGAUGUUUUAUCUAAUCAAUACUUACUACCUACAUUGUCAGUCAGUAAUAGAUUAUAGGAAACUUAUUUUUGAUAAAUUUCUGAACAUUUGUCCUGUUUCAAACUGGUCUUGUGCUCAAUUGUUGUGGAGCGCGUAUUGUCUCAAUCUGGUCUGUGAUAUUUUGUUUUGUUCUGUUUUGUUCUUCACUUGCUCAGUAAGCUAAUAAGAGCCAAUGAGUUGUCUGUCACUUAGCACCUUACUAUGAUCCCUUGCAUUUAGUACCUUUGUCCAGCAGGUAUUGGAAUAAAAAUAACAAUGUUUUCAUGGGUUUUUACUAUUUUACAGAGUUACAAUUUGUAUCCCACCCCCUUAAUAUCUGUUUAUGAAAGCACUACUCAAGUAUGUGAUCAUUAUUUAUUCUAAAUUUUAUUGAUUUAAAUUUUGUAUUUUGGAAACAAGUUUAAUUUUUGUGAUAGGCUUGUACCAUGGGAAUUCAAGACUAAUUAACUUAUAUGAGCUCACUUGUACUGAAAUAUCCUUGGUGUGAAACAUAAUUAUUGUUGUUGUGUUCAUGAUGCAGAUGCGUCCAUGAUGCAUCAGUAUUUUCUUGUCAGUUGUCUGCAGACAAAAAAUUCUAAAUCUGUUUUAAAAACAGAAAGGGCAAGUUUCACUGUCAAUUUUGGAUUAUUAGUGCUCUUUAACUUUAAUCCCUGAAUCACCUUCUCUGGGUUGGCCAUGUGCAUGUGGAUUGAACUUAAUUUAUGUUUGGUCAAGGGUACAUGUGCUUUGAUUACUAAUAUGUGUGGUACCUCUUAAUUGUUCAUUCUCAAUUGUUAUCAAUCCUGUUACAUUUUCUUCAUCUUCGACAGAUGUCAUUGUUGUUUCUUGUAAAACAGGAGGGAAGGAAGAAAUGUGUGAACAAAGACUACUCCCAUGUCUAUUUGAAUAAAACCGUUGUUUUACCUCAUCAA